UGACAAAGGAGGAGGAGAAAGAAUGGGGAGAAGUUGAAGUGGUGGUUGAUCGAUCGAUCGAGCAGACUGCAAACCCAACCCAGAACCACCAGAUUACCACACCAAACAUACCAACAACCAAUCGAGAGCCACCCAAGUGUAGGAAAGGAAAGUCGGCCUCAGGAUGGAUCUAGUGCCUUACAUCUACUGCGAGAAGCAAGAACCAGGCUCGAUGCUAUGUGCCCAGCAUGCGCUCAACAAUCUGAUGCAAUCUCCUGUUUGGUCUCCACAAGACCUGGCCGAAAUCGCCCGGACAUUGGAUUCGCUCGAACGCUCGCAUCUACAACACGAUGGUGGUACCCAUGAUAACAGCCUUCAAGGCAGCUCCAGGCUAGAGAAAAACUCCAACUACGAUGAUAGUGGAUUCUUCUCAGUUCAAGUCAUAGACGAUGCGCUUCAUCGCCUGGGCUUGCGGAUCAUCAGGUGGCGGAGUGAAGAAAUGAAAUCGAUGCACGAUUACCCCGAGAACCAAGAAGCUUUUAUUUUAAAUCAUGAUUUACAUUGGUUCACGCUUCGACGAUUUGGCCACAGUGUUGAUCGAUGGUAUAAUUUGAAUUCUAUGGACGAAGCCUCGCCUAAAUGGAUAGGUCCCACUUUCCUGAGCAUGGCGAUUGCCCAGGCAGAAGCUGAAGGAUACUCUAUAUUUGUAGUGAUACCGGUACCGCCAUCAUCAGAACCAUCCGCGCCGCAGCCGGGGAGUCUGCUAGCAUGUCAGGCCGACGAACAAGCCCAACUAUUAGACCAGCUCGGCUACUCUUCGGGAGGAAGAAGUGGAUCAACGUCUUCUGGGGGGGCCUCUUCCACGCUGAGAAGGCCACGAGAAGAAGGAACAGACGAGGCCUCACGGACACGGAUGCGGAUGAAUACGGAGGAGCUGCCGUACGACGAGCAAAUCCGGCUGGCUAUCGAGGCCAGUCUAUCUCAGCCCUCUGCCAGCGAGCCAAGCCAGACGAAGAGCAUAGAUCCACAAACAGCUCCUGACCCGUCUGACUCUGAGAACAACGUCGAACCCCCCGCCGAUUCUGAUCUCUUGGACCAGCUCCGUAGCAUCGAAGACGAGGAACUGGCUGCCGCCAUCUCCGAAAGCCUCGCCAAUCAUCCAUCCGACUCGGAUCCGACAGAGCCUCCCUCAUCCAGCUCUUUGCCUCCCGUCUCAGACGAUCUGAUCGACGAACCAACUCCUGAACAGCUACGUCAGAGACGCCUUGCUAGGUUUUCUUAGAAUUGACUUCAACUAGGCCCUUGCAUAUUACCCCUUCUUUUCUGCAUCCAAAUCAUCCUUCAUCAUCAUCCCUUUGCGGUCUUGAUCUGUUUUGUAAAAAAGACAAAAAAAAGUCAAUCAAUUAACAUUAUUAUAUAUACAUGUUAAUGAAGAAAAAAGAAAAGAAACAAGAAUUACUGAAUAAAUCCAAUGCAAGAAAAGGAUCUGUUUUGUCUGUUGUGCUCCUUUUGCUUUCAAUGUAUAUGAAGUAUUGUUUGGCAAACUGGACUGAAAAAAUAAAAUCCAG